AUGCUGCUGCUGCGGAAGCUGCCGGGCAUGCCGGGCUGGCCGGCGGCGCUGGGGCUGCGGCUGCCGCAGAAGUUCCUCUUUCUGCUCUUCCUCUCGGGCCUGCUCACCCUCUGCUUCGGGGCCCUCUUCCUGCUGCCCGACUCCUCUCGCUUCAAGCGCCUCUUCCUGCCCCGCCGCGCCGCCGCCGGGGACUCCGACCUGCCCCGCAGCCCCCCGGCCGCCGCCGCCGCCGAGCCCCGCCAUGCCAGUCCCGCCGCCCCCCGCCGCCUCCGGGACAAGCUCCGCGCCGCGGCCCGGCUGGGCGCCCCCCCGGCCCACACCUCCGCCGGGGGCAGCAAGCAGCAGGUGCAGCCCGGGGAAGGGGGCGCCGAGGCGGGGACGGACUCGGCGCCUGCCGCCCCCGCCGCUCCCCGCCAGACCCGAGCCCCGUUCCGCUUCGACUACGAGAAAUUCCACAGCAGCCUUCGCCACCCGGUGCUGGGGAGACGCGGCGGCGAGGAGCUCGAGACCCGCGCCCGCAGGCUGAAGAUCAAAGAGAUGAUGAAGUUUGCUUGGGAUAACUACAAACGAUAUGCAUUCGGAAAAAAUGAACUUCGACCGCUAACUAAGAAUGGACACAUUGGUAACAUGUUCGGGGGCCUUCGAGGGGCUACCAUAGUGGAUGCCUUAGAUACUCUGUACAUCAUGGAGCUUGGGGAGGAAUUCCAAGAAGCGAAAAGCUGGGUGGAGAAGAGCUUUGACUUGAAUGUGAAUGGAGAAGCUUCCUUGUUCGAAGUGAACAUUCGUUAUGUCGGAGGGCUGUUGACGACGUACUAUCUAACCGGUGAAGAGGUAUUCAAGAACAAAGCUCUAGAACUUGGAGAGAAACUUCUACCAGCCUUUAACACCCCGACUGGUAUCCCCCGGGGCGUCAUAAAUCUGGGCAGUGGCAUGAGCUGGAGUUGGGGCUGGGCCUCUGCAGGAAGCAGUAUCUUGGCAGAAUUUGGCACCCUGCAUUUAGAAUUCCUGCACCUCACGGAGCUCUCCGGAAACCCAGUGUUUACAGAAAAGGUGAUGAACAUCCGCAAAGUCCUGAACAGAAUUGAGAAACCGCAGGGCCUGUAUCCUAACUUUCUCAGCCCAGUCACUGGGAACUGGGUACAGCACCACGUCUCCGUUGGAGGUCUGGGGGACAGCUUUUAUGAAUAUCUGAUCAAAUCCUGGCUGAUGUCAGACAAGAGAGACACUGACGCUAAAAAGAUGUAUAAUGAUGCACUAGAGGCUAUAGAAAAACAUUUGGUUAAAAAAUCUGCCGGAGGAUUGACCUACAUUGCAGAAUGGAGAGGUGGCAUCUUGGAUCACAAAAUGGGCCAUUUGGCUUGCUUCUCUGGUGGCAUGAUCGCCCUUGGAGCAGAACAAGCAGCGGAAGAGAAAAAGCAACAUUAUCUGGAUCUAGCUGCAGAGAUUACCCACACGUGUCAUGAAUCUUAUGCACGCUCAGAUACCAAGCUUGGCCCCGAAGCUUUUCGCUUUGAUUCUGGAACGGAAGCCAUGGCCACCAGACUCAGCGAGCGCUAUUACAUACUGCGCCCUGAAGUGGUAGAAAGCUACAUGUACAUGUGGAGGCUGACCCAUGAUCCGAAAUACAGACAGUGGGGUUGGGAAGUUGUAAAGGCACUGGAAAAAUAUUGUAGAGUAGAAGCAGGCUUCUCCGGGAUCCGAGAUGUUUAUACCACCACCCCAAACCAUGACAACAUGCAACAGAGUUUUUUUCUGGCAGAGACAUUAAAGUACCUCUAUCUUCUGUUCUGUGAUGAUGACGUGCUGUCUCUGGAAGACUGGGUAUUCAACACGGAAGCCCACCCACUGCCAGUGAACCACACAAACUUUAAAGCUAAAGCAAGCAUGCAAUAAUGAUGCUGUUACUCAAGCUCCCUACUUCGGCGGCACUCUAUAGCGGGUUACUGCAUUUCCUUUCCAUUAAAGGAAUUAGCAAUGUUCCUAAAAUGGUAUUUUGGGGCGCUAGUCCAAUUCCGGACAGUAUUAUACUGGGGAGAAUAAACUGUGACAUAAGCACCUUGUUUUCCUCUAUGAGGAGAUCUAUUAGCCUGGUCACAAGAUGUUGAUUCUGGGCCAUAUUGUAAACAGAUCGUGGACAUUCCUUUAUACAGAGAAUUUAUAUGAAAUCCACUGACUUCGUUUUCUAGUGGCCAAAGGAUUGGAAGUUUGCCAUACAAUAGACUUUUCCCCCCUUGUUCUUCCUUUCAUUUUUCUUUUUGAUUUUUGCCUUUUAUAUACAGUUGGAUUUUAUCAUAUUUCUAAUUACAGUUUUCAAUAUACUGUGCUUUCUACGUGGUGUCAACAUUGUAACUAAAACAACAAAUGUCUGCAAAAUUCUUGACCCAAAUGUAUUUUUAUAUAUUUUUCCUGUGCUCUUAAAAACACAUUUCCAGUACAUUGCAUCACAUGUAACUUUCCUUUAUAAUGUUUGUGUUUUUCUACUUUUAUUUGGAACUAAAUGUUAUGAGUCACUUGUAAUAAAUUGCACUGCUGUAUUAGUCAGAUCUGUGAAAUAGAAUAAAAGGUCUUGUAAAAU